AUGUGGCUAAAGCUGGAGGUAGCUGCAUCUCUCGAGUCCUGGGACAUGUUCACCACCAACGGUUGGUCUUCAGUCUUUGAGCCUAUCGCUGAGGAAGAUUUAGCCAAAUAUGCCUUUUUGGUUCCCAUGGUCUCAGUUACCCUCAGUCAACCAUGGUCCGAAAAUAUUAAAUGGAAAAUUCCAGAAAUAAACUAUUCCAUUGUAAUAGCCACUCCAGUCCAGCAGGUGGCGAGGGGGAGGGAAGGUGUCUUUACUAUACACAGGACAAGAAAAAUCACCGAAGAUCGAGCAGUCUCGCCAGUUUGGGAAAGACUAAAAGUAUCAGAUCCAGACAUCUAGGAUUUUGAAGAUUUGGAAAGGAAAUAUUUGAAGAAAUCUUGAUGCAUACAAACAAUUAUGUCAUUAAAAACCAAUGAUUCCGUGUAUGAUAAAAACGCUCCCCUGGGAACCAUUCAGGACCUGCUGGAGCAGGAGUGUGGAGUUGUCAUCGAAGGCGUCAACACACCCUACCUGUACUUCGGCAUGUGGAAGACCACCUUCGCUUGGCACACGGGAGACAUGGACCUUUACAGCAUCAACUACCUGCACUUUGGGGAGCCCAAAUCUUGGUACGCGGUGCCCCCAGAACACGGCCAGCGCCUGGAACGUCUGGCCAAGGAGCUUUUCCCGGGCAGUUCUCGGGGCUGUGAGGCCUUCCUGCGGCACAAGGUGGCCUUCAUCUCGCCCACUGUCCUCAAGGACAAUGGGAUCCCCUUCGGUCGGAUCACUCAGGAGGCUGGAGAGUUCGUGGUGACGUUUCCCUAUGGCUACCACGCUGGCUUCAACCAUGGCUUCAACUGUGCGGAGGCCAUCAAUUUUGCCACCCCGCGAUGGAUCGACUAUGGCAAAGUGGCCUCUCAGUGCAGCUGCGGGGAGGCCAGGGUGAGCUUCUCCAUGGACGCCUUCGUGCGCAUCCUGCAGCCCGAGCGCUACGAGCUGUGGAAACGCGGGGAGGACCGGACUGUGGUGGACCACGUGGAGCCCAGGGCGCCCGGCAGCCAGGAGCUGAGCGCCUGGAGGGUCUGCCCUGAAUCACAACCCAACUGGCAGGCGUGGUCGUGGUGGUUGUCCUUAGGAGCAGGAGAUUCCAAAAGUGACUGCCCAGGCCUGGGUCAAGGGGCACCCUCGGUGAGCACAGAGCGAAGAGCUCCAGACUCCGAGGCCGAGGACCGCCCCCACACAACACCGUCUGGCUAA